AGAGAUAUUAAACUAAAUGACCAAAGUUCCAGUGCGCAUGUUUUCGCCUAAAGGAAUGAAAAAGGACACUUUGUGUAUUAUCGAGACGAACGUCACACGCGUCGUAGCUGUUUCAGAGACAAGGGUCGACCUGCAAAGUUUAGAACUACACUUAACAGAACCAGCAAGGAUUGCGCGUGAAAUAAUGUGUUAGUGAUAAGCAUGAAGAUUUUUACAAUAUUAACAAUACUUGCAUUAACCUCAGCAUACAAGAUCACGCAACUAAAGGUGCCGCUGUAUGCAGACCCGCGGCGUGCAGCAGAACUCAUCUGUGAUUUUCAGAUGAAUGACGAGACUCUACACUCUGUCAAGUGGUAUAGAGAUAUGCAUGAGAUCCUUCGAUAUAACCCCUCUCAAAAGCCUUCGAUAAGACUAUUUAACGUUACGGGAAUAAUUGUGCAAGGCGGUGAGUGCCAGGCGGAAUGGUGUAUGGUGCGAGUGAUGCCUCUACCGUUCGCCGUCCGAGCGGCCUUUACUUGCGAGAUAUCCACCGAAGGACCAAGAUUCCAGAUAGCGAGACAGACCAAGCACAUGACUGUUGUUGCGAUGCCAGAGAGGGAUCCUGUCAUAAUUGGAGCUCCCAAAUUAGUGAGACCCGGAGAGCAUGUAUUGCUUAAUUGUAGCUCGGACUUCUCGCUGCCACCUGCAGAUAUCAAUUGGUAUAUUGGUAACGAGGUUCAAAAGCAAGAGCUGUGGCAGCGUACGGAGCUAAGUUUACCCCAAGCGGGAGGUUUACGUAGCUCCUGGCGCGUUCUUCACCUUGCAGUCCCGUCAGUAGAGAGCGGCGCAUUGCGCGUGCGCUGCGAGGCUGAACUGCCAGUGGAGCCACCAGUCCUACGUGAUACUAGCAUUGUCCUUACACUAGACUCGCGUACGCAACUCUUCUCCAAAUACGUUGCCAACACGGGCGCAAGAAUCGACUUUCAGUUAGUGUGGGCGACGAUGUGGGUAUAUGUUCAAAUAGUAGUAAUAUUAUGAGCCACAUACAAGACACGUUAAAAUUUAAGUAUUACGAACAAAAGUACAAAAACAAAACGAAAUUUUUGAUAGUCGCAUUGUGAUUUCAGCAAAGGUUUAGCUUGCCAUUCGCUACUUUUAAUAUCUAUACACAGCAAUUGUAUAAGUGUAUUUAAUAUUAAUACGAUAUGGGGUAGAUACUUGUCUGUGUCCGUUUCACUGAUAAUGUUUACCAGUGGCGUAACAAUAGGCUGGCAAAAUGCCACGGGCCCCCGACCCAAAAGGGCCCAAGAGAUAUUAUGUUCUAUGGAAGAAUGUGAAGUCUCCAAUAAGCAUUGGGAUAGCGUGGUGACUACAGAUCAUUCCCUCUCGCCUAAGAGAGGAGGCUUAUGGCCAUUAGUGGGACAUAUACUACGUAUAAUUGAGUACGAAGUUUAUUAAAAUUGAACUGAGUACAACGUGACGAUUUUUACUGAUAGGAUCCCAUCAAAAGUAUUUGCCACGGGCCCCAGAUGGUAUAGUUACGCUACUGAUGUUAACUGAAUUUAAUGUUUGGGAGAGUUAAACUAGGAAAAACGCUGACGACACUGAAUUACGGAUAUUAUUAAUCUUAAUCGAAAACCUAAUAUAUUUAAUACCGUAGUUUUUAAUUUAUUUUAAUAACUGUACAUAAAUUAAUUACUUAACAAUAAUGUUUUAAUAUUUGUAUACUAGUUUUGUAGAUAAGUCUAUUGUAAAUAGUUUUAUUAAAGUCAUAAAAUGUACUUUCUUUUGUCUUUAUAUCCUUAUUCUCUAAUUCAUAGUAAAAUAGAUUAAAUACAGAACUGAUACUGCAUUUAAGCCAUACAGGUAAUAUUUUAAUAAAGACACUUUGAAUAUUAUAUGAUGACGAAAUAGGUAUUAUAUAUUUCGAAAUGAGAAACAUUUUAUACAUAUACGUAAUUUUAAAUAAGUCAAGCAUAGACGACAGACUUGUUUUUGAAGGGUUUUCUUAGCUUUUUUAUACACCUCUUGAACUGUCGCGUCUAUUCAUGCUCUGUCAUGAUGUUUUCUGAAAGCUCUUGGCUGUUUCUUAAAGUAUCCUAUUUACUCCAAGUACUUUAUAUACGCUCGUAGUUAUAGAAGAAAAACCUAGGUAGUGAAUAUAAGAACGUUUUUUUAUCUUAAUUGGCUGAUCAGUUCUAAAUUGAAAAAGAAUGGCUAUAAUAUUACCUACUGUAACAAUUCUAUGUGAAAAUUUCGAAAUUCUAGGUGAGUUCAGUAAUUAUGAAUGUUGCCACUAUCUAUCAUAGCAAAUGAGCAAAACGAGGAAAAACUGAUGGCAAAAGUCAGAUAUUACACACAAUUAUCGUUUGUUUCUCAAUCUUGUCUGCUCCAAAUAACAAAAAAUAUUUCAAUAUAUCGAGGAGCAAGAUUGAUAAUAUCGUGUUUUAUGAAAUAUUACUCUAAUAUAAUACGUGUACCUACACUUGAAGGAUAACUAACCAUUUCAUGAAUGAUGUUAGGAACGGAGUACA